UGCAUAUUGUUGAUUUAGUAAAGGAAAAACUUCAACCCAGUCUUAAGUCACAAAUUUGCAAAUCCAGCAUCUGCUUUUAAAUCUUCUGGCAGUUGGAGUUGAGAUUUUUCCAAUGUUACUCAUUCAUGUAAAUGCCUAGUUCCACUUCACCAGCAACCAAUGUGGGGCUUCCUUGCAUUCCUGGUGUAUGGGAAGUUAACAGCUGAGAGAGAACUGCAUAUAGCCUAGUCAUGAAUUAGUUCAUGGGCAAGGUUUCUUCUCUUCCCCCUCCCCUCCCCCCAAGGAAAUCCAGCUUUACCCAUCAGCUGUCUUGUUGUGUGGGGGUUCUUUUUGUGCAUCCAGUUUAUCAUUGAAAUGAGUGCUGGGAAAUUGUACACAGUUACCCUUCAGACACGUGGACUGGGCAUAUUUUAAUCUUUGGCCUGCCACUCAGAUACUAAAAUAGCAUAACUAGCUUCGUGCUAAUGAUAUCAUCACUCAUAUUGCAACUCCUGCCUGAGGGCGUUUCUCUCCAGCCAGCUGAGUAUUACCCUCUCGUCAUUCUUGUGACUAGGAGCUGCUCUGCAGAGAGAAAUUAUUCAGUGUUCCCACCGGGCACUGUUAGUCAAGAAGUUUUGUUACCUGAUGCCACGUACAACUGGCUAGGCUUCCUAUUCAGAUGCCUUUGGGCUGAUCUUUUGUACACAGAGCCCACUGUUGGCUGGUUUCUUAGCCCUUCCUGAGUGAAAUACCUCUGAUAUUUCUUGUUCUUUAUUUCAUUCUUCUAGUCUGCUGCAAAGGCGUUGCCAAGCACCUCUCCUGUGAUGGAGCCACCAAGUUCGUCCAGGCUCAAUCCCCGGAAGAGAAGAAAAGAUGGGUCAGGACCCAAUGGGGCAACAGAGCUGGAUGGAAUCCCUCCGAAAAUGUCCUGUCGCUCGUUUGGCUUGAGGGAGCCAGCUCCGUUUUCAGAUCAAAUUGAAGUGGACUACAGUAAGGCGUAUGUCAGACUGACGUUGGAAGAGGCGACCCGAGGCACGCCCUUGGAUCGACCAGUCAGGGUUUAUGCUGAUGGGAUAUUUGACUUAUUUCACUCUGGACAUGCCCGGGCCUUGAUGCAGGCAAAGAACCUCUUCCCGAACACAUAUCUCAUUGUGGGAGUCUGCAGCGAUGAGCUGACCCAUAACCUCAAAGGCUUCACGGUGAUGAACGAAAGCGAGCGUUACGACGCGGUGCAGCACUGUCGCUACGUGGAUGAAGUGGUGAGAAAUGCACCAUGGACCCUCACCCCAGAGUUCCUGGCAGAGCACCAGAUUGAUUUUGUUGCCCAUGAUGACAUCCCAUAUUCUUCUGCUGGGAGUGACGAUGUUUAUAAACACAUAAAAGAAGCAGGCAUGUUUGCACCAACUCAGAGGACCGAAGGGAUCUCCACCUCCGAUAUCAUCACCCGGAUUGUACGGGACUAUGAUGUCUAUGCCCGUCGAAACCUGCAGAGGGGAUACACUGCCAAGGAGCUGAACGUCAGCUUCAUAAACGAGAAGAAAUAUCACCUGCAGGAACGUGUGGACAAGGUGAAAAAGAGGGUGAAGGAUGUGGAGGAGAAAUCGAAGGAGUUUGUCCAGAAAGUGGAGGAAAAGAGCAUUGACCUCAUUCAAAAAUGGGAGGAGAAAUCCCGGGAAUUCAUCGGCAACUUCCUGGAGAUGUUUGGACCAGAAGGAGCACUGAAACACAUGCUGAAGGAGGGCAAAGGCCGGAUGUUGCAGGCUAUCAGCCCAAAGCAGAGCCCCAGCAGCAGCCCGACGCAUGAACGCUCCCCCUCUCCCUCCUUCCGCUGGCCCUUCUCCACCAAGACCCCUCCUUCCUCACCGGCCAACCUCUCCAGGAACCAAUCCGCCGUCGCCUAUGACAUCAGCGAGGAUGAGGAGGACUAGGUGGCUGGCCACGGACACUGAAUCACUGAUUGCCAAAUUCCAGCUCCUAACCCCAGGGGAACUUUAAACGUGAGAGCAAUGAUAACAUAGCUUCUGACGACCCUCCAAGCGGCACCAUCUGCUCUGCGCAAGGGCUACUGUCUGGGAAGCACAGUCUAACGUUCUCCCUAUCCCCAGCCCCGUUUUAUUGUUUACGUUCCAGUGGUUUCCAAGAGAAAAGUGGGUUUUAUUAUAAUUUUUUUUAAAGUAUUUUAAAGAGAGUGGCACUGAAGUCUUUGCCCUGUGAAACCUCAGCCAGACAGGGGGGUAUUGGGAGAACAGUUAAUCGGACCCUUUUGUCUGUCUGCUGUUUUGACCCACUGCAGCCUUUUAUUGCCCCAUGGCAGGAUUCUCCAUCGCUGCUGAAUCUCUCGAAUGAUGGAUAUGCCAGGUCCUCAUAUGGUGUGAACUUGACAGUGCAGGAAGCAGUAGUGUAGAUGAGCUAUUUUUUAAUUAUAAAGAGACGUCCGUACUGUUCUGGAACCAGUAAGAACCUACCCAGCUCUCUGUGUCUUGACCUUGCUUCUUUCAGCUGAGGUUCCCAAUGUUUCAUAAUGGAAACCUGCCUCAUGUCUCCUGUGUGGGAAAUCCGCCAUCUGAGUAGCCACACCAGCAUCAAACGGGUCACGCACCGUUCUGUAAAGCCUGGUAAACCUGCAGAGUAGGUACAGCUCGGCAAGGGAAAGGCUGCCUUAGAAUGUUCUAUCUGCCAUGCAGGCAUCUAGGAGCAUCACUAAAUCUCAGGCCAAGAACCUCAUUUCGCCCAUCAGCUGCUGUUUGAGGGAAAAGCAUCACAUCUUCUUUCCAGACGUGCGUUGUGUGGUUGUGUGUACGUACGCUCAGCUAGGCAAUAACAAAUAUGCCUGCUCCUUCAGAAAGGUCCUCUUCCUGCCUUCGCACCUCCCCCCAGUCUCUGGUGUGCCGACCAUAUUACUGUCUGUCCAAACGUCCACUCUGAGUGCUCUGCUUUGCACUGGUCCGUAUUUGUUUACAUUAUUGUGCACUAAGGGAUGGAGAGCUGUGAUCUCUCUCCUAUCGGGGAGGUGAAGACCCUGCUAAGAGAGAUGUUCAGAAUGUCCAUGGCCAAUUCUCUGUCCAUUUUGAUGUACAGUCAGAUAAAUGCUGGGGUAUGUUAUCCCAGCAAAGGGCGAUGUUCUCACAUAGGUGUCAAAUCAUUUGUGCAUUAAAUGCAGGUACCUCUGUCCAUUAGGUGUUUCUUGGGGGCGCAGAAAUAGCAUGAAAGGAAACUGCCACUAUUUUUAAUUUUAACCAAUAGCACCUGUUCUUUUGAAAUUGUCGUCCAAUGAUGCUUUGCUAUUAACUAUAUAAUAAAUGUUUAUAUUGCGCUUUAAGUGCCCCUUGGUAAGCUGUGUAGCACAGUGUCAAACACUGAGUCCCUGCACAGCGCAUGCCCAAGGGAAGUCCUUUGGGCAGGCAGGUUGUGGGUCUUGUUGGAACACACUCUAUCCUGGAAGCCAGCAUCCAGGGGGUGGAGCUGCCAUAUCUACAGCCGUGAAACUCCCAACGUUGCUUUUGUGCCUGAGCUUGCCUUGCCAUCUCCUGCUUGGAAAGAGCUUCCUUUGCAAUGUUGCAAACAGACCACGGGGUCAGAUUAAGAAUCUCGUGGGAAAAGUCUGUGGGUGUUAAAAUCCACGACGUCCGAUCCAGGGAAACAGUGAUUCUGUGGAGACUAAAAGGCAGAUGCUAGAACCAUCCUACACAGUAAUAUGCAGCUAUUGAACAUGACCACCCUGUAUGUAAAAGGGGUGGCUACUUCCUCAAAGUUCUGUCUAGAUAUUCUUUGAAAUGCCACCUUUGAGGCUUGGUAUAGACUCUCGUCCUCCACCAGGCUUCAUCAAACUGAUUCUUCCCCCACCCCUAUAUUUCCCAUGAGACCAGAGCUGGCAAAGGGAAAGGAAAGCUUUGGUUUCCCGGUACCCCAGUGUGAGUGAUUCCUCCCAGCAAGGAUGGCCAUGGCUCUGGGAAGGUUUUAGCAGCUGUAGGGAGCACUUGCAUUCUGAAGUGGCACCAAAAUGGUGAGAUGCAAACGAUUCUUAAUUUCUCGACAUCUGAGUGGUGGCAUAUAUCUGUAUCGCUCUCCUUCGGCAGAAACUUGGUCUGUUUCCUCACCUGAUCACAAACUUUAGGCAGGGCAGCACAGGGCACUGAUAGUCACAUUAAACACAGGGUGUGAACAGUAUUCUGUAGCUUUGCAUUAUAACAGUAUUUAUGGUAUCCAGUCACUCCUAAAUCCUGCACAGGGAAGCUACUGCAUGGUCUCUCUGCCUGGGGUGGGGUCACUUGUGCAGCUGGGGCGUGUUGUUUGCCUGUAACUAGGAAUAUCAAAACUGUUGCUUGUACCUAACAAUCCCUGCUUCCUCCUUUCAUUUUGCAAAUUGAAAUGGACACUCCAAUCCCAAAUCAGUGUGUUUAUCAUGGCUUUUAGAGAGACGGCGUCAUCGCAUGGAGUCCACCGUCUGGCACGCUUCAUGUCUGUUGCUGCACAUAGCUGAGUGCUAGGAAUCCUUCAUCUGCACAGUCAAUGUACCCUCAGCAUAGCAAAAUUUUCUGACGAUUGGUGAGAGACAGGCUGGGUUUCCCAGGGUGUUACCUCAUCAUAAUCACUUGACUGUUUCAUUCUGUGCAUAUCUACUGAGCCUCACCUACACAUUGGAACAGCUGCUCAUGAGUGUCGGACGGGGCUGGUUAGAAUCAAACCCUACUGAGGAAGUGGCAGAGUAGAGGAAUGAGAGAAGUUUGUGUUUCUCCCCCACUACAAGAUCGAUCUCCUCCAUGGAGAAUCUGCUGCAGUAAGAUGGAACCUGGUACCACUAAAUCCAUAUGGGUCAAUUUCUGCAAAACCAUAUGAGAUGCGGCUUCGAGCGAUCUCUGGUCUCAUGCAUACGGUGGCUGGCUUUGAAGGCAAGCCAUUGCAAAUUCCUUUCCACAUGGGACAGGAAGGAUGGCAGUGGAGUGAUGCUAAAAGGUGAAGCAGGAGAUAAUAGCAGGCAAAGGCUGAGCAUGAGCAGCGCCUCUGGUGUGAUUGAUUGGACCCUAAGAAGCUGUGAUAGUGAUGUUCAACAGCACGUGAGCUGGGGCUUCAGAAGAAAGUUGUUCAAGCUUCUGGAGGGAAAGUGGAACCUGUCUGUUAAAAAAUGUUAUGGGGUUAAACUCUUUUAACAAAAUCAUUUAAAACCUGGCCUACUGUAGGUGGUGUGAUUAGGGCCCAUCUGUAACUCGAAGCAUGUGCUAGUGCAGUUAAUGCUUCUAACGUAUUCUUUCCCUCCUCUUUGUAACAAUAUAUAUGGAACACACUGGGGUGGGGGCCUUGUGCAGGAAGCCUGUAUGCAGACCCACCCUAUAGGUGUUGUUAGUUGCGACUUUUAGUGGUGGUCAGAUUCCCUGCCUUCCUUUCAUAUACAGAAUGGGGUGCAACUUGUCCAGCGAGGAGACAGAACCUGUCUUUUCAGCUCUUCAUUUGAACAUUGCACGUGGCCAGGUACAUGGAGUACGUGUUCACUUUGGCUGCUGUUUGACUCCUAGAAAGCCAGAGAGAGAGAGAGAGAGAGAGAGGAGGAGAAUAUUCUCGGCAAUACAUUGUCUGUCACAAAAGUAUAACCAACUCUGUAAAACUUGACAGUUUUGUAACUCCUCUAAAAUGCUGCCACUUGCGUAAAGCUUGACCAGAACAGUUGUUUUGUUUUUUCUUGGGACGAGAUCAAUGCUUAGAUUUUCCAAAACAAAUACAUGGAACAAUGUGGAUUUUGGAAUUCGUUUUAAAUUCCAGCUUUUUUCAUCACUGAAACGUCACUUACCUUGUUACGAAAGCGCUGCGGGAUAAGGUUUUAUGCUGGGAUACGAACUGAGCUAAAGGGUGUGGUGGUUCAGAUUGCUAGGGGGAAAGUGGGACUUUCCAUCAAUGCGAUCCCAAGUUGCGUGACACUCUAGGCCAGGGCACCGAGUUGGGAGUCACGUGAGUUUUGUUGUCUUAGCAGGACGGUAUGCUGUCGUACUUGAAACACACCAGUGUGGUGCAUUGCUCCUCUCACUAGGGUACCUCAGGAUGUCUCCUCUCAAUCAUUGUUAACUGUAUUGGUUUCUCUGUGUAUGCACACGUGUUACUGGCUUGUUCUGAGUUGGUUUUUGGCUUUUAUGUUUAGCCAAAUAAAUGCAAAGUCAUUUUACCCAA